UUUUUAGAAUAUGAUUAGUUUCACUAAUAAUUGAAAAUGAGGUGAAAAUGGCAACGUCGCUCAACGGUGAUACGCUAACACCUUUGUUGUUACUCGUUUGAACCAAAAACCGUUACAAUAAAAAACCGACAUUUCGCCACCACCAAUGGAGACUUUCGAUUUUAAAUGUAAUGGCAUAAUAUUGUUUUAAAUAUUCCGUUCCGUUUAAAAUAUUAAUUUGAACUGUACAUCGUUUAGUUAGAACACCGUUCAUUUUCUACUGGUUUGUGUAUUGUGAAAUGUGAAUUAUUGGCUUUGAUUUUCUCGUAUUUCGUGUGUUAUUUUACAAAUCAAAAUGUCGUCUAUGAUGUUUGGAUCGCCAUUGUUGAAAGAUGAUCCAGAUUCUAACAAAAUUCAAAUAAUUCUGGAUGAGCUUCAUACAUAUUCACAGAAUGAGAUCAUGAAAGUGAAGAAAAAUUUGGACAUCAUUUAUGGUGCUUAUUCUGAAGAAAAAACGAAUGGAAUAAACCAAAUACAUGAACACUUGAUGAACCAUAUUACCGCUUUCUUUGACGAUGUAGUUUUAGAAUCUAACAAGGACAAACAAAAUAUUAUAAAAGAAAUUGAAGAUUUAUUGGUCGAAAAAGAUAUUUUGGAAAAGGAACUUCAGAUGAGCAUUCCUAUUGAUGAUCAUAAUGAUGCUACACCCUUGAUUGAUGUUCAAAUAAAUAUUGAUAAAGCAUUGAAGGGAUGUAGAAAAAUAAAAGAAGAACGUAUGAAAGAGUUAAAAAGACUUCAAGAUGAAGAAAUAAAAGUAUGCAACGUAUUGGGCGAGCAACCAAAAUUUGCGGGCAUUAAAAGUAUGCCCUCUGCAACACAAUUAGAUACUAUUAAACAUCAUUUGGUAGAUUUGAAAAAUACACAGAUUAAACGUCGAGAUAUCUUUGUGGAGCAUAAAGCUAUUGUAGAAUCAUUAAUGGAAUCGUUAGAAGAAACGGCAAUACUGAGUUUUGAUAAAUUGGUUUUGGGUAAUCCGAGCCAGUUUAUAUUAUCUAAGUCAAAUUUAGAUGAACUUCAGAAAUUAAUAAAACGUCUCGAAGAACAGACAGAAAAUCAAAAAUGUGUGUCUAUGGAAUUACGUACAAAACUAAGUUCUUUGUGGGAUAGGCUACAAAUUGAUGUAACCUACAGAGAACAAUUUGUCAGUAACAAAAAAGGUUUCGGCAAGAGAGUAAUACAAGAGUUAAAAGCUGAAGUUGAGAGAUGUGAGACGCUCAAAAAAGAAAACAUCAAACAAUUUAUUGAAAAUCUUCGUUCUGAACUUAAUGACUUAUGGGAUAAAUGUCAUUAUGGUGAGCAUCAAAGGAAAGAAUGCCAAAUAUAUUAUAGCCCUGAAUACAAUGAAGAUGUUAUGGACUUAUUAGAUUUGGAAGUAGAAGCAGCUAAGAAAUUUUAUAAUGAUAACAAAGAGAUUUAUUACUUAAUCGAAGAACGAGAUAAAUUAUGGACUAAAAUGGUCAUGAUGCAAGAACAAGCUAACGACCCCGCUCGCUUGUGGCAAAAUAGAGGUGGCCAACUAUUAAAAGAAGAAAAAGAACGAAAGCUUAUUCAAAAAGAAUUGCCAAAAGUGGACAAACAACUUCGUGGCUUAAUACAGUUUUAUGAACAGAAAAAUGGUUGUAAUUUCUUGUAUAAAGACAAAAGACUGUUGGACAUAAUUGAAACACAGUGGGUUGAAAUGAAAAACACUAAAAAAACACCACAGUAUACAAAGCCUAAAACUCAAAUGUUCAAUAAAGUUCAAACGCCACAAGCUUUGGCUAACAACAAAAGAAAGAUAGUCACAACAUCUGGAAGCCACGCAUCUAAGGUCCGUAAAAUCGGCGUGGACCAUAAAGCCGUGAUAACACCCAGAAGGGAGUUGUUUUCUAAAAACACAAAUGUUGCUACACUGGUACCAUUAAACUCGACCAAGUUAAAUGAUAUUAAUUUAACUACAAACCAACCGUGUAUGACAUUUCAGCGAGGAUCCAAUGAUGAAAAUGUGUCUGUAGAAUCCUAUGCGACCUUUCAGGAACACCUUGAAAACCCAAAACAAAUGUUGUUAAGUCCGACUUCAAAGCAUAUCCUGAAAGAGUCAAACGCCCGAUAUACUCCUCGAAAACCAUUUGCGAAAACUCCUGUAAAAGGAUCAAAAUUACCACUACCAUCCACGCCAAAAACUCCAUUACGAACGACUCCUGGGAGAGCUGUCAAUCCUCGUACAGUUACCAAGCUUACUCGAACUAUAAAUAACAAAUUACCGAUUAUAUUUUAACUUAUUUCUUUUAUAUUUCAUAUAACCAUCUGUUCUUUAGUUUCGGUUUUAACAAAUUACCAGGGUUUUUGUAUGUAUUUUUAAUUUUUUAUCAAUAUGAUUUCGUUAAGGUUGUUCUUUUUUGUGUAUUUGAUUUCUGCAUAAUAACGUAGGUUGUUAAAUGUGUAUAUUGAUAAAAUUUUAUAUCAUGAGACUUAUCACUAAUGUUCCAUCAACCAUUCUUUGUAUUUUGUUCUAUUGUGAAUUUAUUGUUUAAUUGUUUUUAUUAUAAAUACAUCUUGUAAGUUUAAUAUUGGACAUUUCACUAAUAAUACUUAUUUUUAUAAAAAUAUAAUAUGUUGUCUCGUGUCAGAUUUUGUUUUUCGAGUAACAAAAAUUCAAAGCACUCAAAUACGCAAUAAUUUUUUUUUAGGUUUUACUGUAACUAUAAUAUGUUUAUUUUUAAUUUUUUUUUUUUAUGAAAUGUAUCUUAAUUAUUUAAAGUUGUAGUAUUUAUUAAAAUUAAUAAAAAAAACUUAACAGUAUUAUUAAUAUUUUUAUAAUCAUAACAUGUAAAAUGUUAGUAAACUGUAUAUAAGAUUAUCACCUGAUUUUAUAUUAUAUUUAUAUAUUAAGAUUAUACUGAGUUUUAAAAUAAAAAAGAGAAUUAGUUGUUA